UGGAUAUGUCUCCCAUGCUGUUCUCCAGAGUGCUCACCUUUUUGCCUCCAUGAUGCUGUUCUCCAGAGUGCUGACAUUUUUUUUGCCUCUGUGAUGCUGUUCUCCGGAGUGCUGACUCUUUGCCUCCAUGAUGCUGUUUUCUGGAGUGCUGACUCUUUGCCUCCGUGAUGCUAAUUUCUGAGGAAACUGUACAGCAAGACAAUCAGCAUCAUCCUGCUCCAGUUACAAAGUCUCCAAGGACUCUCCUGGACCCCGUCUCCCCAGGCCCCUGGAAGGGGUGUGAUGCCCCUCACCCUCCUGCUGCUGCUCUGGGAGCCCCUGGCCCUGAUGGAGACCCGGACGCAUGAGUGCGUGUCCAGCUGGACACUGUUGCUCCAGGAGGGAGGAGCAAGGAGCCCACUGCGGGUGCAGGACCACAGCAAAGGCUCCCACUCCCUGAGGCUUUUCUAUACCAUGAUGACCCGGCCCGGCCUCGGGGAGCCCCGCUUCAUCGCCGUGGGCUACGUGGACGACACGCAGUUCGGGCGGUUCGACAGCGACUCUCCGGGCCAGAGUGCAGAGCCGCGGGCGCCCUGGGCGGGGCAGGUGGGGCAGGAGGCCCUGGACGAGGAGACUCAGAUCCAAAGGGACAACGCACAGUGGUUCAAGGCGCUCCUGAGGGACCUGCGCGGCCUCUACAACCAGAGCGAGGACGGGUCUCACACCCUCCAGAGGAUGUUUGGCUGUGAAGUGGGCCCAGACCUGAGUCUCCUCGGCGGGUAUGACCAGUUCGCCUACGACGGCGCGGAUUUCAUCUCCCUGAGCGAGGACCUGCGCUCCUGGACCCCCGCGGACUCGGGGGCUCAGAUCACCCAGCGCGCGUGGGAGGCGGCGGGCAGGGCCGAGCGCGUCAGGCACAGUGUGCAGAGCAGGUGCUUCCCGUGGCUCCUCAAAUUCCUGAUUUUGGGGAAGGCGGUGCUGCAGCGCACAGAUCUCCCAAAGACAGGCAUGACCCACCACUGCACCUCUGAGCAUGAGGUCACCCUGAGGUGCUGGGCCCUGGACUUCUACCCUGCGGACAUCACCCUGACCUGGCAGCGAGAUGGGGAGGACCUGACCCAGGACACAGAGCUGGUGGAGACCAGGCCUGGGGGGGACGGAACAUUCCAGAAGUGGGCAGCUGUGGUGGUGCCUUCUGGAGAGGAGCAGAGAUACACCUGCCAUGUGCAGCAUGAGGGGCUGCUGGAGCCCCAAGUCCUGUCUUGGUUGCCCUCUCUUCAGUUCUCCAUCCCCACCGUGGGCAUCAUGGCUGGCCUGGUUCUCCUUGGAGCUGUGCUCACUGGAGCUGUGGUGUCUGCAGCUGUGAAGUGGAGGAAGCCGCGCUUAGGAGGAUAAGGAAGAAGUGAGACUUAGUCUGCCGGCAGUGACAGUGCCCAGGGCCCUGAUGUGUCUCUCAGUCCCUAAAGGGCCAGAGUAUGACAUCUUUCAACAAACUAAUUC